AUGGAUUCUAAUUCGAGCAGCUUCUUGGGUCAGACGUUUCUAGACCUGCGCGAUGGAAACCUCAGCUCCUCGUCAGCGUGGACUACAGCGGCUAUAGCGACUGCAAUAGCGCUGUCGCUGCUAAAUUAUUUCCUGACACCCCGCCUCGACCCACGGGAACCGCCAGUCGUGAAACCAACAAUUCCAUGGAUCGGUCACAUUCUGGGCAUCAUUCGUCACCAAGCAGAUUACGGCCGACUCAUUCACAAUGCGAACCCAAACCACCAAAUCGCGACUCUGCCCAUGCUCAAUGGCAAACUCUACGCCGUCUUCGAUCCAAGCCUUCUCCAAUCCCUCCUCCGCAACAAAACCGCGUCGUUCGAGCCCUUCGCAAUCGACUACGCCAAGAAAACAUUCGACCUGACCCAAGAAGAGUUCCUGAAAGUAAAGGCACCAGGCGUCUACGAUGAAUUCACUGACGCGAUACACGCGAGCUUCCAGACUGCGAGUCUGCACCAGAUGAACGUCCAUUUCUUGGCCUGCAUCUCAGCGAAGCUGGAUCCUAUGAGCGAUGGAACAAUGCGCGCCCAUGCAGAUACGCAUGGCAAAGAGAAAUUCGCAAAUGGACAGCUUCAAGUUGAGAACUUGUAUCUUUGGUGUCGCGACGUCAUGUCUUUGGCUACCACGAAAGCUCUCUACGGCGAUACUGAUCCCUUCGGUUCCAAGCCAGACUUGAUCGAGGAUAUGUGGUGCUUUGAAGAAUCGGUCCCCUACUUCCUCCUCUCCCUAUACCCCUCGAUCACGAUGCCAAAAGCCUACAAAGCGCGCUCAACUCUCCAAGACAUCGUGUGCAAAUGGUACUCAGAAGACCAUGAUGUUACCGACCCUUCCGUAUCAGCCAUCGUCCGCAACCGUGCCGGCUCCCUCCGUAAGAACGGCCUCACCGGCUUCGAGAUCGGAAAGUUCGAAGUCAUUCUACCCAACGUCGCAACGCUCAACGCCGUGCCUACGUUCUACUGGCUUCUCCUGUACAUUCUCGAUCGACCUGAUCUCGUUGCUCGUAUAAGAACCGAAGCCGAAGCUGCAGCUGUGAUAGCACACGAUAAUGGGAAGAAAACGGUUACAUUCAAUAUCGCAGAGUACGAAGCCAAGCUUCCCCUGCUUGUCAGCUGUUAUCGCGAAACGAUGCGUCUCGUCAAUCAAUCUGUCAGCAUGCGCCGUAUCUUGGAGGACAUCACCAUCACGACACCCGAAGGAAACACAUAUCUUCUCAAGAAGGGAACAGAUAUGCAGCUCCCAGCCGGCGUGGCUCACUACGAGCAAAGCGUCUGGGGCUCCGAUGUCAACACCUUCGACCCAGAGCGCUUCCACCCAGGCUCCAAGGGCAGCCCUGAAGAGGAGCGAAAACGCAAAGCAGCAUAUAUACCCUUCGGUGGUGGACGUCACCUGUGUCCCGGCCGGAACUUUGCAUUCGCGGAGAUUAUCGGCUUUGCGUCUUCUCUACUCCUCGGCUUUGAUGUCGAGGCUACAGGCAUGGGCUUCGGCGACAUGAAGAAGCUGGGUCCUCAGCUUGCAGGUGGCACAGUGCGUCCUGAAAAGUACGGCUCUGGGCUAGGUGCGCAGAUCAAGAGUAGACAAGGUUGGGAGAAUGUCCAGUGGAAGUUUGAGUGUUAA